AAAUAAAUUAACAAUAGCAUUGCUAAAACAAUACGAUGAUGAUCAAAAUUCAAGUACGAGUACAUUAUGAUGUAGGUAUACGAUACGAAACACUGUGUAGAAUAUUAUGUAGCUUACAUCAUAGCGGUUUGCUUCAAUUACGAUUACGAAUUUCCAAUUGAUUUCCAAGAGAAGUUAUAGCAAUUAUAUUAAUACUCGGGCAUGCGAUUAUACUGGUUUUGUAAAAACAUUAGAAAAAGUAAGUAUUACAAAACGUAUAACCUAUCUAUCUAUUUUUAUAAAAUCAAAAUUAAUAUUUUUAUAAUGGGUUGACAUAGACUACAAUGUAUAAUGUAUACUCAUCUAAUUGGCGAUAGUUAAGCGGUUUUUCGAUUUGCGUAAAAGUUUUUAUAAAGUCUGUUGUAAAAUAUUUACAUAUGCAUUGUAGAUUUUCUUUAAUAAAAUUUGUUUAAUAUUGUACCUAUUUUCCCGUUUUUCCUAAGUUUUUUCUGGUUUUCCCAUUUAUUAGAAAAACUCUUGGGAAAUCAAAAAAUUAACUUUUCUUAAGUACCUCCCCAAUAAGAAUUAUUUUAAGAAAAAGCAAAAUUACUUGUAGAAAAGUUGUCCAAAAUCAAAUUAUUCGAAAAUAUCCGGUUUAACUACAUUUAAAAAUUCCAAAUAUCAGAAUUUGAAUAUAUACAAAAUUUAACCAAAAAAAUGAGUCAGCACGCUUAUAGUUAUAAGUCUCCCUGUAUAGUUACAAAAUAUGCUUAGACAUAUAUAUUUUAUAUUCUCAUUUCAUUAUUAAGUUUUUUGUUUAAAGGAUCAUAUUAAAAUGUAUAUUGAUGAAAAUUACUUUUUUAAAUUUUUUUUGUGAUAUUAAACCUCCCGAAAAUUCCAAAAAACUUACUUACGACCAUGUUUCAAACAAAAAUUUAUUCAGCCCUCUUCUAAUACAAAAUCCUAACUACGCCAUUGAUUGCUGCACAAUAUAGUACAAAAACCUACUGCAGAAGACUGUAUAUAAAAUAUUAAUUUUUAAAUCGGUUUUAUUGUUAACUACGUCGAUUUUUCUGAACCACCAAUAAAAUUUUAACUAUUCUAUCUCCCACUUACGCUUGCUAUUCAAAUAGUCAUGUGAUAUAAAUGCAGAAUAUUGUAUUUUGUAUAAACAUUAUUACAAUGUGACAUUACAGGGCAGUCACAGUACAGUUAUUUAGUUGCUUUUACAAGAAAAUUACAGUGCGCACACUAAUAAUAAUAAUGUUUAUACUUUUUGUUUUUGAUAGUUUUUGGUGACUGAUCAACUCUAUGACUGGCCAACCUGUAGUAUAGAUAAUGAACCUACAUUUUUUUUUAAAUAUGAAAAUACGUUCAUAACAAUUUAUCAUAUAUUCUAAGCAGACAAUAAUUAUUAGUAAUUUCUUUUAGAUUUGUAUUGUUUUCUUACAUGUUUUCCCAUGGAUCAGACACUCAGACUUAUCGCUGAUAUUAAAUAAUAAUAAACGAAUAACAAACAAUGGCGCAUUUGAGUGUUCAUAUUGAGAGGGGAGGUUGAUAAAAUUCAGACACACACACACAUACACAUGUUACACAUAUAUUAUAUAAGUGUAUAUUUGGGUUAUACUUGAGAGACCAGGAGUCUAGAACCCCAAAUCUCUCAAUUUUAAAAACAAAUAUCCAAAUUUUAGGUUGAAGGUGGAAAGUUAGUAAUUUUAAAUAAUAAAUAGGGAAAUUAAAUGUAUUACUGUAUACAACGACGAUUUAUUGCAGAUGGUUCAGAGCGGAAUUCAAUCAAAAUACUCGAAAAUUGGAAAUAGCUAUUAAUAACUUAAACAGCGCCAGAACAUUUUUAAAUUUUAUCAUAUCUAAGAAGUACUAAUAUAAGCCUCGGGAAUAAAUUUCAAAUCUUCAGGAAUACUUUUCACUAAAUCACAAUAAAAGAACAAAAUUAAUUUUAAUAGAAACUGUGGUCCUGACUUUUUUUCGGUGUUUCCAUAUUAUUAAGAUAUCUUAUAUAACAACUAAACAAAAUUGUAAACCAAAAAUCACUCUUAGUGUUGACUAUUAAAUCAAGAUUUCUGGUUAAAAAGUAGUUAAAAAUUAACCUAUUUUUUUUUUUUUUGUUUUUAUUUACUUUUAUUAUUAAUUUCACUUUGUAAGAAAAACUCGAUGAAGGGGUGAUUGCCUCUAUUAUUGUCCUCCUUAAAUGCAACACAAAUAACAAACAAUUUGGUGAAAAACAAUAAUAUUAGUAUACGGCUUCGUCAAAAUUUCAUAAUUGUAAAAACUAUACAAUUUUUAUACGUUCGAUUUUUGAUUAAAAUUUAUAGUUCAUAGUUAAUGUGAAAUAUUAUUGUCUGAAAAGUUGAAGUGAAAAUAUUAUAUAAUGUUUAUGUUUGUAUUAUUAUAUUAAUGUUUAAAUAUUGUAACAAUAUACCGUGCGAUAUUAUGAAAUAUUCGAUUUGUGUACAGUGACCUUGGAAAUGGUACAAAAACAUACAAACUGCAUAUUUUUAUAUUGAAUCGCGUAAAUUAAUAUAAUAUCAUAAUUUUAAUUAGUGUAAGUACCGUAUUAUAUUAUAAUAGGCACAUUAAAAUUAUUCUGAUCUUGUUUUCGAUUAUAAUAAUUUUCGCAUAAGCAUAUUGAACCAUUAUUAUCGUUUAUUUUCAAACCGCACCUUCCUCUCGUGUUGCAGGCAUUUGUAGGUUGCAAACUGAUUUCGAAUAAAAUGCAGCACCUUUCGCCCGAAAAUUAUAUGACGGCUUACAAAAAAAUCUAUAAAACGCAAACCGUGUUCCUAUAAUAAUAAAAUAUUUAAGUAGGCCACGGGCACAAGGUGAAUAGGGUAUAAGGGUCAUUAUUGAUAUCGAUAAAAGCCGGAUAACCAUAGAUCUAUAGUGUAAAAGGAAAAAUAAAAGACAUAACUUAAACGCGAGUCUUAUGAGCGUGUCAGAAUCGAAACCGCGUGGUGUGCAUUGCAUGUUGAACACGUUUUUAUUAUUUUAAAUAUAAAUAAAUAUAAUUUUUUUUUUUUUUUAUAAUGAACACUUAAAAGCGCGAAAACGAUGGGUCGAGUUUCUAAGAAAUUAGUUAAAAAGUCCAACAGGCCCAGAGCCAAGUCUAUGAUCACGGACUGUGAAAUACAACCACUAUUAAAUUCAAAUUUAAGCAAAACGAGCUUAGCGUGAGUAUACCUAUACCUGAUUAAUAAUAAAAAUAAUCAUUUUUUUUAUCAUUUAAAAACGUAUAGGCAUGUAUCUGAUAUUUUUUUUCCAGAGACAACGGUUUCAUAUUCAAAUAUGAUUCAGAAAACAGUGAUUUAGAGAACAACAAAAUACCCGUUCAAUCAAAGGCCAAUGAAUUAUUAUAUCCGUAUUACUUGAGGUAUGCUCGACAUAAUUCAGAUGCAUUGUAAAGUACCUACAUAUUUUUAUAGUAAAUAUUAGUACUUGAAUAUAGAAUCUGGUGUAAUAAUAUAAUAUAAUUUGCAGAUCGUUUAGUUUGGACUACGAUAUAAUAAACAGACCGAAGUUUUAUAGAAAAUUGCAGCCUUACAUACCGUUAGGUGACACAGUAAGUUUUUUUUUUCAUUCAAAUUCACUUAUUAUAAUAAAUAACAUUUUUGUUAUUAGGUUUUAAAUUAUUAAAGUGAAUGAUAUGCGUAACAAUAUAAUAAUAAUAAUAAUAAUAUAAUAAUUAAAUAUACAUUAUUAUGUCUAUAAGUACCUAUAAUACGUCACACUAGUAUAAUAAAAUUAAUAAGUAAUUAUUGAGUUUAUAAUUUAUUGCAUAUAGAUUUGUUUAUCUAUAAGGAUCAGUAAAAAACAAAAAUAAUGAAUUUGACCAUAAAAAUAAAAUGUUUUUAGUUUUAAUAAGUAGUAACUACACGUUUAAAAUUCUAUUAGUAGUAAUAUUUAUUGUUUUCCAUGAAGAUUGCUUAUAAUUUUAGAUUCCGAGUGGAGCGAAAAGCUUACGAUUUUACAAAGAUGUUUUUUUUUUCUAUCAGUGCGCGACUUUUCUACUAGAAGACUUGCUCAGAUUUUUAAGUGUAGCACCUUUUCUGAAAGGAAAUCGAUGUAGGGAGGUAAUAUAGGUCAUUUUUGGAUUUCUCAAGAAUUUUCUCAUCAAAUUUAAAAAACCAAAAAAAAAAAAAACGGAAUAAUAUAAGAAAUGUAUAGAUAUUAUUUAAAAUAUAUUACGGACUUUUUUUUUCUGUGCACAAUUUUUCUACCAGCAAUUUUGCUUCAACCUAUAAUGAUAGCAAUGUUUCUAAAAGGAAAUUUCACUAGAGAGGUACUUGAAAGAGGUCAUUUGUCGAUUUCCAUUUCCCCAAGAGUUUUCCGAGUAAAUAUGAAAAAUUGGGAUAAAACAUGAGGAAAACGUAGAAAAGCUGGGUAAAUCGGUACAACAUUAAACAAGUAUUAAAGAAAAUAUAUGAAGCUUAUUUAAUUAUUUUACUAUAGAAUGACAUAAUAUUGUUGACAAUGUAUCACUAUCAACUGAACUCCACUCAGAAUCGUUUUUUCGUUAGCAAUGGUUUGUCGUUGCUUACAAGUACACAUUAAAUCAUCUAAAACAGUGGCUGCACCUGUCACCAUUAUCCUAAGAAGUCUUUUUAUAUUUAUUCAUCAUGCAAUUUAUCAUGUAAAUUCAAGUGAGAAAUAAUUUCUUGAUAAAAUAAAAAGAUCCUUUUGGAACAACAGUUAUCUAAAUGGGUACUUAGUAACAGUAGUGAGGCAAAAGGUGUAAUCAAGAAGCGGCCGUUUCUGACUUUUUUUAUGGGGUCUAUAAUUUUACAUAUAUGACAAUCUUUAAGAAAUUUAUAAAAACCUAAUUUUAAAUCUGCAUAUGUUUUAGCCAAUGGGCGGGUCGUGAUAGAUUCAUUCAUAGAUAGGUGAAUAUUAAAAAAAAAAAACGUCUAAAAAUAUUUGAGUUCGCCUCGCCACUGUUCGGUACAAUUUUGUUUUACUAAUGUAGUAAUGUAUAAUGGUGAAGUAGGUACCUUUAAUAAUAUAUUUUGAUAUUUUGAAGACAGAAUUGUAGAUAAAAACACAAAACAUCACUAUUCAACUAACAAAGUGGGUAAUAAUAAGUUUCUCAUCACUACUUACUUAGUACUCUAAUCAGGAAACAAGAAUGUUAUUAAACUUCAUAGAUUACGUUUUUACAUAGGUAUAUUUUAAAUUAAACUAUACGAUUUAUAACAGCUGUAGAUGAACUUUAUACGUUUAUGAUAAGAUGAAUAAUAAUUAAUAACUAAAUAUCAAAUUAUUAAAUUAGUUGUAUCAGAUGUUUUAUUCACAUUAUUGUAUAACCUAAUUAGUUAUAUGAUUCGUAUAAAAUGAAUUAAUGUAUUAGGUACCAUGGUAAAAGUUGUCAUUUGAUAUAGGUAUUGUACUGCAAUGUAUAUUAUUUAAAAAAAUAACACACUGUACAAUACCCAGUGGCGUACCCAGGAAUUUUAAAUGGGAGAGGAUGUAUCAAAUAAGAAUCGUGAAUAAAUUGUAAAGUCAUCUUCUCUAGCCAAAAUUAACUAUGUGAAUUGAUAAUUUAAAAGUCGGAAACUAAAAAAAAGGCCGAUUUUUAAUCAAUACAUCAAAUUUCUUAACUUAGCUGAAAUAUGUGCAUUUCAAUAUUAGACCACUCAUAUUCUUUUGUAUUUUUUAGCAAAUGGGGUGGAUACAUCCCCUAACCCAGCCUGCAUCAAAUGACACUGACAAUACUGUAAUUAAAUUAUGAAUGUAGGUAAAAAAAAAAUAAGACUUCUAUAGUAAAAUAUUAACAAAAUAGAUUAAUUGAAAUUAACAUUAGUACAGUUACACCAUACAAACUACACGCGCAUCAUAAUUUUCAUGUUGUAGUUGUUUAUGAAUUAAAAGGUACCUAUCAUUCUAAAUAAUGGUUUCAAUUUGCAUUACCAUAAUAAUGAAAUAUUUUACUACUAUUUUAUUUUAUUUUUAUUUUCAUAUUUAUAAUUUAAUGAAUUUGUACAAUUAAUGUGUUAAUAAUAUUUCAGAUUACCACUGAGCCGUAUACCCAAAAUAGUAUAAUUACCAUGUAAGUAGAGUAGAUAUAAUAAUUUGAUAUUUUACUAACUAAAACUAAUAAUAAUUAAUAUACGUACCUAUCUACCUAAUCAUUCCUAUAUGAAACCACGAUAAUUAUACAAGUUUCAUAUGUUUUAGAUUCGGAUUGUGGCGAAGAAUGUAUUGGUUUUACAAUGAUGUUUAUUUUAUUCAUCACGUGUAAAAGAAACUUCGCUCCGAAUCUUUUUUCGUUAGCAAUGGCUUAUUGUUGCGUAUAGAUAUAAAUUAAAUUCCCUUUUAUAUCCUACCUAUACAACUUCUCACCAACAACAGUGGCCCACCCAUCAUGCGAAAUAUGUUCGUCUUUUUUUUUAUUAUGAGUAUAUUAGAUUAUAUAAAUAAAGUUGUCACACAUUUAAAUGUCAAAAGAAAUAAAUCGUGUUAAACUUGCCAAUGGAUUUUCGAGUUUAAAUUAUACGUUCCAAUUAAUUGAGUUUUCAUUCAAAAGCAAUUUUCUUUUCCAAAAAUUUGUACAUUAACCUGAAAUUUUCAUAUUUUAAGACAGGUUCCAAUCUGCUAUUAAUAUUAUACGAAAAGUACUAAAGCUAUAUUUUCCCUCGUCGCCUUUAGUAGUCAACCAUGUUUCACACGCGAAUGUCAAAACUGGUCGUAGAAAUCUGAAAUAGAGACGUUCCUUUGCAGAUUGUCUGUAAAAAAUUUAUGACUCGAACAUUUUUUCCAAAGCGUUCUAGAUUCCGGAAUUAUAUACAUUUUUUUACGUACAAUUGUAUAAUAUUUGAAAGGUUGUGGCAUAUUUUAUACAAUCUUGGUGAGUAAUCAAAUUAUUUUCUCUCUUUAUUUCGGAAAUUACAGUUUUUAACCAUUUGGGAAACAAAACAUAAUGUUCUCAUGACGGUAUAAAUUAUAAAAUAUUAUCUUCUCUACCGUGUUUUCAAUAUUGAUAAACUAUUAAAUGAUAAGCGAAAGUAUUAAAAAUAAACUUCUUGAAGUUCUAUACAAAUUAAAUAUUUGUUAAUUAGAUACACUGAAAAUUUGAACUGUUAUCUUAUUCAUUAAUAAGUAAUUUUUAAUUACUAAUUUUAAUGCUAAAAGUCUAGUAUUAAUUUUUAAUAUGUUUUUCAAAUCAAAAAACAAACGGACAUACUUCGCUCAAUAGAUGAGUCACUGUUGUAGGUAAGAAGUUGGGAAACGAAAAACGAUUCUGAGCGGAAUUCAAUUCGGUUAAACAUGUUUUAAAAUACCGUAGUAUUUUUACUAUAUACUUUUUAAUAUAUUUGAAAAUAAUACACUUUGUACAAUUUCCCAUUUUUCUUACGGUUUUUUUAUUUACUAUGAAAAAUCUUGAGAAAAUUAAAAAAAUGUCCUCCUUAAAAUACCAUCAAAGUCAGAUUUACCUUCAGAAAAAAUGCUACACUUGAAAAUUGAGGCAAAAUUUCUAGUAUAAAAAUUGUUGACAGGAAAAAAACAUAUUCUGUUUCCACUGUUUUUUAUUCCUGUUUCAAUAAAUAGCCAAUUGUUUUUUUGUUUUUAAUACAUUUUUCUAUAUUAUCAGGGGAUGGGUCUUCCGAUUACUUCCCUGCAUCAUGAGUUCUCACUGUUGGGUGUGUGCUUUUUUUUAAUAAUUUAGCUGAUUUAAUUGAGUUUUUAACUAUGUUCCAUCUUUCUUUAAGGUUUUGCUCUGAAUUUUGAGAUAUAUACGUAAGUUCAUCAUUUAACAUUUCUCGGUAUACUUUCAUUCUUUAUUGAUGAAGUUUUAUUUUUAUUUUUAGGCGCGUUCUACCUUUCAGUUGUUUUUUUCUACAGCUAUUAGCCAGUUUGAUUUAAAAUGAUGCUUAACUAGGUAGUGAUGGUCAGUUUCUCCAUCAAAUCCACUAUAAUUUCUAACAUGUCUUAAACUAAAUUUGUUCCUUUUAUCUAUACGUAUAUGGUCAAUCUGACUAUUAGUUCUUCCGUCUAUCAAUACCCAUGUUUGUUUGAAAAUGUCUUUAAGUUAUACUGGGUGCUACUUGUUACUAUUUCCUUUAUUGAGAUAAACCAUUUUAUGGUAAUCAAAUAACAUGCAAGUGAAAUAUCUUACUGUGCAUUCGUUUUCGUAUUUUUAAGAUAGCCUAAUUCAUUAUUGAACUAAUUUUAUUUAUCGUGAUGUUAUUUAUAAAUUAUAAUAUUAUUAUACCUACUUUUUUACAAUAUAAUUUAUAAUUCAUAAUACAUAGGCAAUAUAAUUAGGUUGUGUGCCUCAAUAAUGGGUUUUCACCAGUCUUCCUAAGUGUAGAAUGGACCAUGAAUUUAUUGAAAAUUAAAGACAAUUAAAUACAAAUACAAUAUUCGUGGAAUUCAAAUUAAACUUCAGUCGGUGACUUCAUUUCAAUUUUUGAGAGGGGUGGUAAAAGUUUUUACCAGCCCAUAAUAAAACUAAAAAAAAAACCGACUGCUCCGCUAACUUAUUCAUUACAAUUACAAUUUUAUCUCAAUACAAAUACCCUUCAUACAAAAUUUCAUAUUUACUAUAAUAUGCAUAAAUAACCCAUUUUUGGGGGUUCAAUAUCACAAUGACUAAAUAAUAAAUAUAUGUAUGUAUAAAGGGACACCUAAAUAUAUUACCUAAUAACUUCUAUAUGAAAAGACUUAGUUUAAGAGGAAAUUUAACUAAAUUUAUAUCCUAUUUUACCAAUAUGUAUGGAAUAUAAAUGUAUCAUAAAAUCAUAAAAUAUAAUGAUAUAAUUCAUGUUUGUAAACUUAUGGGCCAAAACUAGCCAGACACCAGCCCAUACCCGGCCUGGUAGGCGGUUUCGUAAUUGCUUAACGCAUGGGCGUAAUCUUGGGGGUGCAAGAGGGUACACUUGCACCCGCUUGCAUUUUUGUGGGUGUUCAAUACGUACUAUCAUUUUGCACCCUAUCAAUUUUCUGUAUUUCAAGUCUACAAAUAAUUCUAAACUAUUAAAUAUUUAUAAAGUAAUAAUAACGACGAUUAUAGAUGAUAAAUAUCACGUCCUCAUGAUACUCAUCUAUUUACAGUUCUUUGAUUUUACGUACGUGAUAGUAGAUCCCGAAAAUUGUUAUUAUGCUAUCAAUGAUCAAUGAUCAUUGAUCAAACAUAGUCUUUGUGGGUUGUUUUACUUACGAGUUUUCAUAUUAAUAUUUAUUAUUAAAUAUGGUUCAUCUGGAUUUUUGUUUUAUAGGUUAGCUACUUUAUUACUUAGGUACCUACGUAAAUGUCAGAGUUUUUUACCCUCCGAAUUUUAGUGAAAUUACGUAUAUGGCCUAAUGCCUCCCCUGGUUCCCCCCAAUUUUUUUUUUAGGUGUUUACUUUCACAAUUUUUUCAUUAAGUAGCUAGGGUUUCACCUCCCCAAAUGUCAAACACUAUUUGCGUCUAUUCGUGUUAUUCUAAAGCAUACCAUACCACAUCAUGAUUAACACGUUUUCGAAUAGGAAUAUAUUUAUUCACAGUCAAAUUUGAAAGGUCCCCUUUCAAAAAUAAAUUCGAAUUAUUCCAAAUCCAUUAUUUAUAUUGAAAUAAAUUUGCUAUAUUAACACAUAUAUAUAUAUAGCUAUAAUAUAUGUUUUCUGAACAUUAUACAGUUUGAUUUUAUUAAAUGAUAAAAAAAAUUCAUCACUGAAUUCUUUUGUUGAUUUUUUAAAUAAAACGUCACACAUUUCACGAAAACAACAAGAUUUAGAAGUAAAAUUACAAGUUAUUUAAUGAAAAAAUACAUUGAGUUAUACGCGAAUUUUUUUUUUCUUCAAUUAAUUUUACGUAAAAGUUUGAGGUGUCGGCGAUUUCGAGUUAAUAAAGUUCGAGUUAACCAAGUUAGAUUGUAUUAUACACUACGUCUACUAACUCUACUGUGCAUAGUUUUUACCUUAUUCAAUCGAAAGCCUCGAUAUCGGUGUUAAUGUCGACAUAAUAUCUUGCACGUCAAAAAAACCACCGCGGGGAGCUCGACGAGAUUUAAAUUGAUACAAGGGUAAUACGAUGAAUGUGAUUGUAUAAGUAGUAAUAAAUAGCUUAAAUCGUUCGAUUUUUUUUUCAGUUUUUUCCGAAAACGAUUAUAUCGAGAUAGGUUAUUUGUUUUAAAUUAUUAUAUUUUAUGUGGUACGCUGGGAAUCGACGGAGGUCGUUAACGUGUGCCGCGAAACAGACAGCCGACCGACGGGCCGGCCGGCCGGCUAUUAAUGAGAGCAGCGGCAACGACGAAACGCGCGUGGUUCCUCGAUACUAAUGUGGCGACAGGGGUGGCGGCGGCGGCGGCGGCAGUGUAAAGGGAUUUAUUGAUCUACCGAACUUUACAAACCCCGGAGAGUCUGGGGUCAUCGAACCCCAAGUUCAAUGGCCCGAGUAAACGCGACCCCCCUGCACAUAGCCUGCGGUUAGGGUUUCCCGGACGUGCAAUGCCCUACCUAUAUCUCUGUACAGGGUGAUUCUUUUAUCGUCAAUCGUCAGCGUCUACCUCAAUAAAUAGGAAGGUUUUGUGUGUAAAUUUGAUUUCUGACAAAAUUCCAUUCGAAAUGCUGCAUAAAUCUAAUAUAAAAUCAUCUGUAUAAUAUAUAAUAUAUUGAUGUUCAAAUAGCAACCCUUAAUUUCGAUUCGAACAAUAAUUCAUAAACUAUAAAUCCGAUAUAUUAUAAGUGUAUUGCACAGCUGUUACAUUACUGUUAUAUGCAUUGACAUCUUUUAAGAAAAAAAAAUUCGAAUACAAGUUUUAUAAAUGUGCGUGUUGUUAUUUUGAAAAUCAAAAUUCGUAUACGGUUGUUUAUGGUUUACGGAAUAAGAGUGACAUUUUGAAAAUAUUAUUAUAAUACAUAAAUUAGUUAAUAGAAUCGAUGUAUAAUGACUGAAAAUCAUCGAUAAUCAAAUUUACUCAAAAUCUCCGUUGAAAAUUUCGUUACAGAUCCGUAGUAAAAUAAUCGCUCUGUAUAUUUUUCGCUGCCGUAAAAGAGGGUGUGUAGGUCGGGGUCCAUUCGCCAGAAAAAAAAAACCCCGUGUCGGUUGGACGGAAAAUAUUGUUAGCGGAACAUCGAUUCCAAUACAAAUAUUGGUCGUUUCGCACCGAGUUUAUAGUAUAUUUGUACGGGGUCGAUGCACCCUGUACCCUGCAGAACUCGAUCGGACCACCGCUCGAGUUCAACGAUUCAACGUCCCGCCGCCCGGUGAAAACGUGAUACGGACAUUUCCGUCAUAAUAAAAUAUAAUAUUAUGAUAUUAUGAUGGUUAUCUACACCGUUACACGCAAUAUUUUUCCCCAUUGUAAAUAACAUAUCGUCUAAUUAUUGCAAAAAAAAAAACGAAAUUAUCAACGUUAUUACGUCGUUUUCGAAGGAAACAUAUUUUUUUAUAACCGUUAUUAUUACGCUAUUUUUUGUGCUCGAGACUAGUCCUGAGGGGUCAAGGAUCGCUUCCGCGAAUCGUUAAUCCUGGACAGUUCCAGAUUGUUAAAACAAACAAACAACAAGAGUGAUAAUUCGAUUGAUAAUAUUAUGGUAAUAUUCUGAACUAUAUAGUUGAUUCAUGGACUUUCUUAAGGAGCUCGGGGCCGAUUUACCAAAUUGCUCGAAUGUUAUCUAAACAAUAGGACUUUUCUACUAACAUCUACUGCACGACACUCAUUUAAGGGGAGAGGUACGCCGUUUUUACACGCGUUUCAUUUUUUUAUACUAUUAAUUUUUUAAUUGAUAAAAAAAAUUACAAGUUGCAUUCAACUCUAAUUUUUUAUUUAAGUUCAAAUAUUGGUAUUGAAAAAAAAUUAAAACUGUCCCAUAAAACAUAAUAUAAAUUGAAUGGUCUUUUUUAACUAUUUAACGUUUAUAUUAAUGUGACUUUCAUCUUUAUGGUUUCGAAAUAUGUGGGUGCGACCCUUGACAAGUAAAGAAAACCUAAAAUAACGUACUUGUAAUGAUUCAACUCUACAGUAGAAUAUAUAUUACACUUAUAAUUGAUUGCCUAUUAGAGAAUAAAAUACAACAAUUUAAUAUGUAUUAGAUUCUGAGCACAGCUAGGAAUUCCAAAAAAUUGAAUACAAUAUUAUCGAUUUUACGUUAGAUUUUUAAAAUUGUUGAGAAAUAAAUUAAUUUUUUUCAAUUUCCAACUAUCAAUUAGUUUUUUUUUUAAUUUGCAAUUUAAAAAAAAAAUGACACUGCCUUUUUUGUAAUAUGUCAUAAUAUUGGUUUUAAUAUGAUAUGUGCUUUUUUAAAAUUUAAAAUUGUAUCUAUUAACAACUAUUUUACCAGAAUUAUUGCUCCGAUAUAAGUGAAAUAUCUUUUUAAAAGCAAAUUUUGUCUAAUUGGUGAAUUUUCUAGAGGUCAAUUUUUUAUUUUUUUUUGUUUUUUUCAUAAUAAUUAAAAAAAUAGAAAAAAACUGAAUACGCAUUAUAACGGUUUCUGCAUUUUUUUUUUUUGUUUUUGAUUGUGAUUCGUAAAUAUCUAUAACUUUUAUCGAAAGCAAGCCAUUUCUAGACGUAAUUUUAAAAUUGUUAAAAGAAUCUAUUGAGUUUUUAGCUAUUUAUAUAUAAAUAUAAAAUGUUCGAAAUUUUUUUCAAUUUUUAUUUGGUUUUAUAUUUUGGCCCAGCAAACAUAUUCGGCAAUUUAAUACAAAGUACAUUUUAAAUUAAUAAAUUAUACAAUGUAAUACUUAGUUGUCAAAAAAUAAAUUAUAUGGAAUGCACUAGUUUUUUCAGAAGUGGUUCAGUUUAAAUGUCUACAAAAAUCGGAAAGAUCACGGCAUACAUUUUACGUACUAUUUUUGAUCUAUGUAUAGGUAAAUCGAUUUUGGUUCUAUAAAAACGGUAAACAGGGAAAAUUUAAAUUGAUUAUUUAACUAUAAAUUAAUACGCAAUUGUCAACUAAUGUUUGUUAAACAUUAAACAUCAUUAUUAACUGGAUUUUGCUUAGUAUCGUUUUCAAUUAGCAAUGAUUCAUGUGUAGAAAUAUAGAUAAAUUUUACCACUCUAUCAUCUUAACAUCCCACCUACAAUAGUGGCCCAUUUCAUAUGUUGAUGUUGACGUGUUGUAAUAUCAACGACGAUAUACACAAAUACACAUAAUUCCGCAUACGAUUUAAUGUUUUACACAAUUAUAUCUAUAUAAUAAUUAUUUUAUUUUCUAUAGUUUCGCAAUAUGGAACACGAUAAUGGGAACGUCGUUAUUGGCAAUGCCUUGGAGCGUAGAACGAGCAGGACUGCUGAUGGGAUUGUUGCUAAUGUUCAUCAUAGCGGGACUUUGCCUGUACACGUCCAAUCGUAUUUUAAAAGUUCAAGUACUACACGGUAAAUUUCCUAUGCAAAAAACACCGAUAAAAUAACUUAUAAAUUGCACGUCAUGAAUAUUCGGCUAUAUAAUAUUAUUCGGACAAUAUUUCCUAUAACUUGGUCGUGUAUACGGUUUUCAAGGGAACGAAACCGGCGAAGUGGCUCAAUUGAGCAAAAAGCUGCUCGGUCCCUGGGCCGAAAUCAUAGCAAAACUGUUCUCGUUCAUUAUUUUAUUGGGUGCCAACAUUGUCUACUGGAUAUUAAUGUCAAAUUUUCUAUACUACUCAGUUGGAUACAUUCACGGUGAAUAAAACUCUUAUUUAUAAAGAAUAAUGUCCAAACCGGAUACUAAUUAUCAUUCUUAUUAUAAACUUUGUUUCGUAUAAACAGAUUUGCUCUUUGCGGACGAAAAUACCGGCGCGUUCGAGUUUAAUACUACCAAUUGUAAGUUAAUAAUUUAUUAUUAAUUAUUUAUUAAUUUAGUAAUUAAUUUAUACAUAUAUUUCUUUUUAUUAAAAAUAGUAUUUAUACUAACGGUACUAUAAUUUCAUGUAAAAACUUCAUCGACAUGUUCUUUUCUUCUGAGUAAAUUUCUGUACAUCUUGAACUUAAUUUUCUAUUUUUAUUAAAAAAAACUGGUAUUAUUUAACCAAAACAUUAUUUUUAAGUUAAAAAAGACGUCCUAGGAUAAUGGGAAUAGGUGUAGCCACUGUUAUAGGUAAUUUAAUGUAUACCUGUUAACAACGAUUAUAACCAUUUCUAACGAAAAAACGAUUCUGAGCCGAGUUCAGUGAUAGUGAUGCUUUUUCAACAAUAUAUAAGUCAUAUUAUGGUAAAAUAAUUAAAUAUCCAUUAUAUAUUAUCUUUAAUAAUAUUUGGUCACUGUAUCAAUUUUCCCAUUUUUCCUACGUUUUUUCCGGUUUUCUUAUUUUUUCCCCUGGUUUUUCUAACUUGCUGGGAAAACUCGAAAAUCGAGUUAGAAACAUUGUUAUUAUUUUAAGUCGGAGCACAAUUGCUGGUAGAAAAGUAGUACACAGAAAAAAUUAAACAUCUUUGUAAAACUAUAAGUUUCUUUGCUCCUCUCAAAAUCUAAAAAAAAAAAUGAUAUUUAACACCGAAAUUACGGACGUGUUUAAAUAUGAAAACAUAAUUAUUACAACAAAAAAAAAUGUCUAAUUAACUAACUUUUUUAACUAUGGUAAAACGUUAAAAGUUUUCGGUAAAUUUUACGUUAAUAUUGAUGUAAGUAUAAAAUGUAAUUAUUCUUUAAUUCAAUUUCUAAAAAAUUUUUAUAUUAUUAUAGUGAUAUGCCCAAACAAUGCGAGUUUUUCAAACGAUACGUUAAUCAAGAGCGAGUCGUUAACUUUGUAUCAGAAAAUUUGGGAUCUCAACACGACAGUACCCAUAUUCCUCGUUAUCAUUGUAGCCCCGCUAUUGAACUUCAGAUCAGCCACGUUUUUCACGAAGUUUAAUUCCUUAGGUAAGUUAAAUAAUAAAAUAGACCCAUAGUUAUACUUGUACAUAAUAUGCACGGUAAAGGUGCAGUUAAUAUUAAAUAGGUAAUAAUAUUACUUUUUAGGAACUUUGUCGGUGUUAUAUUUGUUUUUGUUCGUGGUAAUCAAAUCAUAUAGCUGGGGAAUAAAUUUGUCAGCACCCACAAUUGGAGGGUCUACCGAUUUUUCAGAAUUUUAUAAAAACACGUUCCCCGCAACUUCGGGCAUGCUCACGUUAUCGUUGUUUAUACACAAUAUUAUAAUCACGAUAAUGAGAAAUAACGAAAAUCAAAAACACAACGUAAGUACACCCCCUAUAAAUUAUACAGUAUAGUUUGAUAGCUAUUUAAUAUUAAACCUUAAUAUAAUAAUAUAUAUAUAUAUAUUUUACAAUUUUUGAAAUACAAUCUAAUCACGAAUUUUUUUCAUACGGAUACGCUUUCAGGGUCGCGAUUUAACAAUAGCAUUUAUUUUGGUGCUCCUUACGUAUAUAUUGAUCGGAAUUACAUUCUACGUGUGUUUUCCUUUGGCUAAGUCGUGUAUCGAGGAUGUAAGUAUUUAAUAUAUUUUAUACAUAUAUGCGGAUACCUAAAUAAGAUAAGAACUAUAUUUUAUAAUGUUGACACUGGUCACACAAAACUACGAGAAAAAGUAUGAAGUUCACAAAAAAAAAAUCUAUUGUCAGCAAUAAAAUUAUAAAGGUCCUCCGUUCAAUUAAAUAUGAAAAUGAAUCAAAUUAUUUUAACAUAAUAUUGUAUGAGUAUUAUACAAUAAAGGAUUAUAUUCAAGAACUUAGGUAUCUUAAUUUAAAUGACAUUGAAUUUGAUUUUUUAAUCAUAAAAAAAACAUAUAUUUUGAUUUUUAAAAGCAUUUUUAAAGAAAAUAUAUAUUUAUAUUAAAUAUGUAUAAAAUGUAUAUAAAAUAUUCAUAAUUAUUUAUAAUAGAUUCACAGUUUUCAAACCCAUUAAGUAUCACCACCCACAUAACAGUACCCACACAUAUACCCAUUUUUUAUUAUUUUUUUUUUUUAUUUCUAUUAAUAAUAUGUUUUCCUGUAUGUAGACGAAAACUGAAACGUACAUUCACACAAUAUUACUAUUUCGUAGAAUAAUUGAAUUCGUGAAUUAUUUGUAUUGUAAAAAAAUUAAUAUUUUAUCCAAACCAGAAAACCACAAUAAUUUACAAAUGAUUGGUAAAAUACUGAACUAAAUUAUUCUGGAAAACUGGGGGUGCUAAUUUGAAGUCUGGAAGUGCUAAGCACCCCUUAGCACCUUCCUAUGUGUGCAGUCUAUAAUUAGUUUCCAUUCACACUCGGCAAAAAAAAUAAAUUGUAAUGUUGUUUUGUAAUCGAUUGUAUAACAAUUUAUGUAAAUUAUGGUUUUUUAAACAUUAAGCAAAUUAGCGAAUAUACUACACACCAGCCACCAGCGCAAUAUUGCUGACGUCAAGCAAUUUUUUUAUAUAUAACUUACAUACAUAUUAAUUUUAAAUAAGCCUAUUUAUACGUUUUAUAAACUAUAGUAAUUUUUACCUUUUUUUAUUCAGCAAGCAAUAUAGAUUUUAGAUUCAGCAUGCUUCGUUCAUACAACCAUACGACAGAGACAAUUUUCGUUCAACUCUGUGCUGUUAAUUUUAAUAUAAUAUAAGCUUAGAGUAAAUUGAUUUAUUGCCAGACUUAAAGACAAGAACAUUAACUGUGUUAUGUCCUCGUUUAUUUCCCUAUAAUUUUAAUUUUUAGGCUAGAUAUGAGUGUGUGAAAUAUUACGACUUAAAAGUGCUUAUGUCUCGCUUAAAAAUAAAAACAAAGAAAAAUACAACGAGAUGACACAGACAAUAUCUUUUUUCUUAGGUUUGAUAAUAGGUCAAUUCACUCCGCAGACUUUAUAUUAUAAGCUCAAUGAUUUACUCUAACAUUAAAUCUAACAGCAUAGAGUUGUCCCUGCUAAACGAACCUUUGCUUUGUCACGUAGUUGUACGACGGUAACAGCAUAACAAACAGGUGUGUCGUCUCGUCACUAACAUUUAUUUUCUCUGUAUUGCGCGUAAUGUAGCAACAAACGCAUUCCGCAUUUUUACAAUUUCGAAUUUCUAUAAUUCAGUUUAAGGUAAAGGGAGUUAUACAUUUUAUGAAAAAUAAUAUUUUCUAUGAAUCCUAAGAAUAUGUUUUUAAUAUUUUCGUUUUUUAUCAAGAUAUAUGCAUGUUUUAAUUUAACUUAAUUUCUCUUAAUAUAACCAUUGAGAACUUAUUUAAAAAAAAAAAAAAUCAUUCGUUGUAUUCGUCUUUUAACUACUGAUUUGCCAUAGGUUUUGGUCCAACUUCAUAAUUUUUGAUAAUAUAUAUAAUUUUUCACAUGCCGCCAUAAUUUUAGUAGUUUAAAAAAAUAUUUAAAAUUGAAUGAAGUUAACCAACUUAACAUUACCUAUAUGGCUAUAACACAUAAUCCAAUACUUAUUAGUUUUAUUAAUAUAGCAUGAUAAACUUCCAAAUCAGCUGUCAUUGAUUAAGUAUACUUGAACAAUGGUAGCAUAUUGAAAUACCAUCAAAAAAUAAAUAUCGUUAACUUUGUGUUUAUUUUUUUCAGAAUUUCUUAAACAAUUUUCCCAGUACAGACGUCUUUAGUAUUAUCGCCAGAGUUUUUCUUUUCUUCCAGUUACUGACCGUCUACCCAUUGAUAUCAUACAUGCUUAGGGUACAAGUGUUCGCAGCCCUUGAGCUAUCGAUAUACCCGAGUGUCUUACACGUUAUAGCGCUCAACUGUUUUGUCAUUGUCGUGUGCAUAUUGUUUGCAAUAUUUAUGCCACACAUUGGAACCGUUAUAAGGUGAGCGGGAUUUCCAUUACAUGCCCAAAAUUUGAGGCGUCGCAUAUAAGUCAUUUUAAUGAUUUUUUUAAAAAAAUUAAAAUUUAUCAACACAAACAUUUUUUACUUACAUUUUUUUUUCCAUAUUUAGAUUUAGCGGAGCGAUUUGUGGGUUUGUAUACAUAUAUACGUUACCAACCAUGUUACACUUGGCAUCGCAGAGAAGACGAAAUCUCUUGACAACGGGAUCGAUUAUGUUUCACAUUUCGAUAUCGUUGGUGGGACUGGCCAAUCUAGUCGCCCAAUUUUUUGUCUGAAAAAUAUUUAUAUUAUAUUAUAACUUAAAAACUGUUAUGUACCACUAUAUUUAUGCUAGGUACCUACUGUACAUUUAAUUUUUAUUUUUUUCAUAUUCGUUACAUACCUAAUGAUAAUUAUUUGUCUAUAACUUACAUUAAUUCAUAUUAAGGCAGUUUUUGUAAUGUGAUCUCUUAGCGAUAAGAGUGUGAUAGGUAUUCAUUGACAUUUCAUUAC